GCCGAAGUCUGCGCGCGAACGCCGUGGCGCGAAUUUGGGACUGCCGUGUAGCGCCGGGCGGUUCCGGGUGUGACGCUCAGGACAGUGGCGCGCGGGGCCGGCGCGAGGAGGAGCGGAGCGGAGGAGUGGAGGAGGAGAGGGGAGGGAAGAAUUCGGAAGCCGCCAUCAUGCAGCGAAGUAUCAUGUCAUUUUUCCAGCCCAAGAAAGAAGGCAAAGUGAAGAAGCCAGAGGAGACAUCCAACAGCACCAGAGAAACAGAGUCCCCUCCAAAGGCGGCUCUGAAAGAGCGGAAUAGAAUGGUGCCUGAGGGCGACUCUCCAGUGAAGAGGCCGGGGAGGAAGGUGGCCCGGGUCCUGGGCAGCGAGGGGGAGGAGGAGGAGGAAGCCCCCUCGCCCCUCAAAGGCCAGAAGCCUGCACCAGACUCUCCACAGAACUCCCCUCCCCAUCCUGUCACACUUCCCAAGAGCCCUUCCCUCUCCAACACCUCUCCAGCAGUCCUCUCCCCGCCGGCGAUCCCGGCGAUCCCAAAGCGUCGCACAGCCCGGAAGCAGGUUCCUAAACGGACAUUUCUGGAAGUCCUGGAAGAGCAGAGCAAGGACAGGGUCACAGAAGCCAAGAAGAAGAAGGAGGACAAAGCAGAACUAGAGACCCCAUCAGAAAGCCUCACGGAGCCUGAAGUGGGCAAAAAGGAGGAGGCAGAUGCGAAGGAGCAGCCCACGACGCCCCCCAGACCCCGAGAGACCCCCGAAGCCGAGCCCCUGACAGAAAGUGUUUGCAAGCCUGAGAUGGCAACGAAGCAGGGACCACAGGAGGACGGCCAGACACAGCCUCCCCGCCCAGCUGCCAAGACACUCAGCAGUUUCUUCUCCCCCCGAAAGCCGGCAGUCAAAAAGGAAGCUGAAGAAGAGGGACCUGGCUCUGUAAGAAAGGAGGCAGCCAAGGGACACCUGGACCCACCCAGCUACAACCCGGCCAAGAACAACUACCAUCCCAUUGAAGAUGCCUGCUGGCAGCCGGGCCAGAAGGUCCCUUACCUGGCCGUGGCCCGGACCUUUGAGAAGAUCGAGGAGGUUUCUGCUCGGCUCCGCAUGGUGGAGACACUGAGCAACUUGCUGCGCUCCGUGGUGGCCCUGUCACCUCCAGACCUCCUCCCCGUCCUCUACCUCAGCCUCAACCGCCUGGGGCCGCCCCAGCAGGGCCUGGAGCUGGGCAUUGGUGACGGUAUCCUUCUCAAGGCAGUGGCUCAGGCCACAGGUCGGCAGCUGGAGUCGGUCCGGGCCGAGGCCACAGAGAAGGGCGACGUGGGGCUGGUGGCCGAGAGCAGCCGCAGCAUGCAGAGACUCAUGCUGCCCCCGCCUGCCCUGACCGCCGCCGGUGUCUUCGCCAAGUUCCGGGACAUCGCCCAGCUGGCCGGCAAUGCAUCCACAACCAAGAAGAUGGACAUCAUCAAAGGCCUCUUUGUUGCCUGCCGCCACUCAGAAGCUCGGUUCAUCGCCAGAGCCCUGAGUGGACGCCUGCGCCUCGGACUGGCAGAGCAGUCAGUGCUGGCCGCCCUCGCCCAGGCCGUGAGCCUCACACCCCCUGGCCAAGAAUUCCCCCCGGCCGUGGUGGAUGCUGGGAAGGGCAAGACAGCAGAGGCCAGAAAGACGUGGCUGGAGGAGCAAGGCAUGAUCCUGAAACAGACGUUCUGCGAGGUGCCAGAUCUGGACCGGAUCGUCCCUGUGCUGCUGGCACAUGGCCUGGAGCAGCUGCCGGAGCACUGCAGGCUGAGCCCAGGGAUCCCCCUGAAACCAAUGUUGGCCCACCCCACCCGGGGCGUCGGCGAGGUCCUGAAACGCUUCGAGGAGGCAGCUUUCACCUGCGAGUACAAAUACGAUGGACAGAGGGCUCAGAUCCACCUUCUGGAAGGUGGGGAGGUGAGGAUCUUCAGCAGGAAUCAGGAGGACAACACAGGAAGGUACCCCGACGUCAUCAGCCGCGUCCCAAAGAUUAAACUCCCAUCAGUCACAUCCUUCAUUCUGGACACUGAAGCCGUGGCUUGGGACCAGGAAAAGAAGCAGAUCCAGCCAUUCCAAGUGCUCACCACCCGCAAACGCAAGGAGGUGGACGCAGCGGAGAUCCAGGUGCAGGUGUGUUUGUACGCCUUCGACCUCAUCUACCUCAAUGGAGAGUCCCUGGUACGUGAGCCCCUCUCCCGACGCCGCCAGCUGCUCCGGGAGAACUUCGUGGAGACGGAGGGCGAGUUUGUCUUCGCCACCUCCCUGGACACCAAGGACACGGAGCAGAUCGCUGAGUUCCUGGAGCAGUCGGUGAAAGACUCAUGCGAGGGGCUGAUGGUGAAGACCCUGGACACCGAUGCCACCUACGAGAUCGCCAAGAGAUCGCACAACUGGCUCAAGCUGAAGAAGGACUACCUUGACGGCGUGGGCGACACCCUGGACCUCGUGGUGAUCGGCGCCUACCUGGGCCGGGGGAAGCGGGCCGGCCGGUACGGGGGCUUCUUGCUGGCCUCCUACGACGAGGAGAGCGAGGAGCUGCAGGCCAUAUGCAAGCUGGGGACUGGCUUCAGUGACGAAGAGCUGGAAGAGCAUCACCAGAGCCUCCAGGCCCUGGUGCUGCCCGCCCCACGCCCCUAUGUCCGGGCAGACGGCGCCGUGACCCCCGACCACUGGCUGGACCCCAGCGCCGUGUGGGAGGUCAAGUGCGCCGACCUCUCCCUCUCCCCCAUCUACCCCGCUGCCCGGGGCCUGAAUCCACACGCGGACCCUGUGCUGUUCGGCCUCCGGGCGCUGAUAGCAAUGGCAGCGGCGUAAGAGCAGCCGCGGCAGCGGGCGUUCCAGCACUCAGCCACCAGUCACCGGUCCCCAGCACGCGAUUACCUCAUUUAAUUUGUACGACGGCCCUCUGCUCAGCUGCAUUGUUCUGGUCAGGAACCUGAGGCCAGAGGUGCAGGAGGAGGGUUAAGGAGGAGACUUUGGGUGGGGAGUCGCGGACUGCGGGCUGGACCCGCGUAGGGCCCCACCUGCACUGUCGUCUCCGCCAGGUGGACAGCGAGAAGGGCAUCUCCCUGCGCUUCCCGCGGUUUCUGCGCGUCCGGGAGGACAAGAAGCCGGAGCAGGCCACCACCAGUGCGCAG